UCCUAAUUCCUAAUUCCUAAUUCCUAAUUCCUAAUUCCUAUUCCCAAACCCAAGUCAACUAGUCGUUUUCUUUUUUCCUACCUCAAUAACAUGCAUAUAUAUGCAUUCAUUUUUCCCUCAACUAUUUAUAAAAAGCCUCACCUCUCUUUCAUUGUAAUAAUAUUAAUCCAACACCAAAAUCUCUCUCUCUCUCUCUCAAUCUCAUAAAUCAAUGGAUGUAAUUAAAGAAAGAGAAAACAACAAAAAGAAGAAGAGCAUGGUGAGUAGUAGUUGUAGUGAGGAUGAGAUGGAUCUACGAAGAGGGCCAUGGACCAUAGAUGAGGACCUCACACUCAUUAAUUAUGUUGCUACUCAUGGGGAAGGUCGUUGGAAUACCCUAGCCCUCGAUGCUGGUCUCAAACGAACAGGAAAAAGUUGUAGAUUGAGGUGGCUUAACUAUCUUCGUCCCGAUGUUAGACGCGGAAACAUAACACUCGAAGAACAACUUUUGAUUCUUGAGCUUCAUACUCAUUGGGGUAACAGAUGGUCCAAAAUAGCUCAAUAUUUACCGGGAAGAACUGACAACGAAAUAAAGAAUUAUUGGAGAACUCGUGUACAAAAACUCGCUAAACAUCUGAAAUGUGACGUGAAUAGCAAGCAAUUCAAGGACAGCAUGCGCAACCUUUGGAUGCCAAGAUUAGUUGAACGCAUUCAAGCAGCCGCCACUGCCACCACCACCACAAGCGUUGCCGCGAAUAACACACACACCAUCAAUAACAGGGACAAAUUAUUAAUGAAGUCAAGUCCAACAAUUAUAAACGAUGAAUUUGUGAGUUCACAGCCACAUAUGACACAAAGUUAUAGUACUCAAGAAUACAACAAUACAUCCUCAUCAUCAAAUUCAUUUGGGAAUAAUAAGGUCUCAACAACAUUAUUUGAUUUGGAUGAUAAUAGUAACUAUUACACAAAGGAUAAUAACCCUAAUCCUAAUUUAGAUUAUUAUCAACCAUCUCAUCAACAUAGCUUCUCAGAUUGCAUCAUGGAGCCAAACACACCGUGGAUCAUGCAAAGUGGGGACUCAUCAGACAUUUUUUGGAAUGCUGAAAACAUGUUGUUUUUACAGCAACAACUCAUGAAUGAUACCAUGUAAUAAAUACAUAUUUUUAAUUAAUGGGAGUAGACAUGGGAGAUAUUUUAUAAUGAGAAAAAAAAAUAGAAAAAUCAUAUUUAGGACACACACAAAGGAUGUAUUGACAUAUAUCUUAAAUUGUGGAUUAUAAAUAUAUAUAGAUUAUAGCAUAAUUAAAGAUAAGGAAUUGGAGGGAAGGGAUUAUUUUUCAGUUUAGUUUUUUCCCUUUAAAUUUUGUGAGGAGGUUUGUGAAAUAUUGUAAUUUAUACUUUCUUUAUAUGAUUUCAUUCUUUGGAAUUGUUAAA